UACGAUUCCCAUAAUGCAUAUGCUUCCUGUCUGUCUCCGCCUCCUGGUGGUGAAUUAUUUCCCCAAAAAAGAAAAAACUCCACGUCUCCAUCCAUUCCUUUUCACACGUUCAUUCAUUCAUUCCCCUCUCAAAUCUCAAUGUUUGAGGAUUUAUUUUAUUUUUGGGGCUUUUUUUUGUUGGUUGCCAGAAUUGCAUUUAAAGAAAGCUGAGAAAAAUGGCAACAGCAACUGCACAAUGGAAGCAGCUCUUACUCAACGCUCUUCAAUCCAAUUCCCACCAAAAGCACGCCUCUUAUUUCCAGCUCGUACGUAAUCUCCUCACCAUUUCAAUUUCAAACACCCCCCCAUAAUAAUGUUGUUUUUCCGAUCCAAUCGACUUUUCCGUUUGGGAGCUUUUUUGCAGGCAACUGUUGGCAGGAAUGGGCGGCCUUCCAAUCGGACUGUUGUUUUCAGAGGAUUCCAGCAGCAGGACGGAGAUUCUACUAGUGAUAAGAUCCAAAUUAAUACCGAUUCCCGUACUUCAAAGAUUGAAGAGAUCAAGCAUUGCCCUUUUGCUGAGAUUUGCUGGUAUUUCACUGACACUUGGGAGCAAUUUCGGAUCAAUGGGAAAGUGGAUAUCAUCGAUUCACGUAAUCCUGACCCCGUGAAAUUGCAGCAAAGAGAGAAAGCUUGGGUUGCGAGUUCAGUUAGAUCAAGACUGCAGUAUUUGGGCCCUGCCCCUGGACUUCCUUCUCUUUGUGACGAUCCACCGCCAGAAAAUUCUUUGAAUCCUUCUUCUGGUCCUGUUGAUGCAUUUUGUGUUCUUGUGCUGGACCCUGACCAGGUCGAUUAUUUGAACCUAAAGAAAAACGAAAGGAUGUUGUUUAGAUCUACAAGUAGUAGCAAUGGAGAAAAGUCCUGGACUUCAGACAAAAUCAAUCCAUAAUAACAUUGAGUAAUACCGGAAUGUCAGCUGGAUGAAUAGCAGUUUCUAAAGCAUGCACAUAAAUAGGUACUGUUGUAAUAAGAAGUUUCAUCCAUCAAACGCUUGAUUCAGUAAUGAUUUUUUAGAAAAAUUAUUUUCUAUGAAAACGAAAUAAGAGAACAAAUGUCUUUAUGUGGGAUAUCUAUCAGUUUUAUUGGAUAUUAUGGCUGUUGACUACAUAUGCCUGUGAUUUGAUCGAUGAAAGCCACGGGAAGCCUCAUAUUCUCAGGAGUCGUUAUUCAUGCCUAUAAUAGAAAAUCCAACAUUGAAUUUAGCCUUGGCUUAUCAGAAGUAAUGUGGUAGUAGGCAUACCUUCCAAUGUAAAGCAUCUUGCCCAAAUGAGUAUCUCAGACAUUGUCCGAAGUAAUAGGAAGAAAUAUAAGGUUAAACCAAUUGCUUGGUAUCUCAGAAACUGUUUCCCUACAUUGUGGAAUACUCAUUUGAGCAAGAGGUUUUCCAAGGAAGGGAUUUGACUGCGUUGCAACCCUUUAUUUUCCUUUGAUUAUGAGCAGGCAGAAGCUAUAUUUAUAUGGACUUUCUCAGCAUCUUGAGAGUUGGUUGAACCAGGUUUAUGAUAUGCAUAUAUUUUUGGUCGUGAGAGUUAACUUUUGCCUGUUAGUUGAGCAAGCCUUUUUUACAUGCAACAAUGUUUUUCAAGAACUUACUCAAAUUUGUUUCCUCUUAAACUAGACAUUUAAAUCUAAAGACUAGCUGUUGUACAGUUCACUAUUUUAAUAUUACUUAUUUAGUCCACUGUUUGGUACGAAUUGCUUUGUUAGAAGAUAAAUUACUUGUAGAUAUGAGUCUCCUUCCGAAGCAAACAGGGUUAGCAUGCACUCAGUUAAAUGCUGAUGUUUGAACUUUCAUUAGUGGUUGAUUAUCCUUGUUUUUGUUUUGUUGUAAAGAACUUUUAGGCAUAUAUAUUGAUGGCUGUUAGAAAUGCAUUUGAGGUUCAUCUUUCAGAGUUGGUUAGAGCUUGAACGGAAGAACGGCAGGUACUGUCACUAUGUCCUUGGGUAAAUCCUUAACUGGCAGACAUUUCAUUGCAGUAUUUUAGAGCAUCAAAAGUUAAAUGCUGCUGUGUUCUGUAACGAUUUUAUGCCAGUUGCCCUAGGUUGACAAGUAGCUAAAUAAUCCAUCCACCAUUCAAUACACCACUUGCAAUUUUACUCUAUUUUUGGUGUGUUUCUUUUUGCCUUAGAGCCCUGUAACUAACCUUCAUGAACCACCAUAGUUUUACCAACAAAGUAUGCUGAGAAUUGAUUAAGCCCCUCACCCUCCCUCCUUUUUGGUUCUUUUUAGAAGCCACGAUGGGUGUCUUGCACGGGCCCCAUUAGGAUAUAAUGUUGGCAAAUGAUAUGGGCAAAAGAACUGAAAGUCAAAAGAUUUUGAGAGGAAUGCUCCUUUUUGCUUGCAAUUCCAUCAACAAUGAGCCUAUUCGAACAAAUCGGAAGUCUUUAUUAGCUUCCACAGCUUAAUGAAUGGAUGGUAGCUUUUCCUCAAAUGUCUUGUUCUUUUAGCAUGUAGGCAGGUCUGCUGGAGGAUGGGGUAAAGUCUGAUGUGGUCCUUUGCCAUUUCUCAGAAUAAACACCACUGCCAACCCCCAUGAUGAAUGCAUCUCCAAGUGGCAAUACAUGAACCAAACCCCUGCAUCACCACAAAAUUUCAAAAUCAUUUCCGUCAUUCACUCAUUCAAAAGAUUUUUACACCAAAAGUCAGUUAUAAUGUUAUCAAGAGUGUUACUAAGAUGUAAGAAUACAUGUAUUGUCAGCGGUGAACCUAAUAGCGGCACAUCCACCAGGAGGAAGUCCAAUAGUGUUCAUGUAAGGAGGAUUAACCUAGUUGCAAACUGUGGUAUCCGGAAUAUAAUCCCCAGUGGCAUGUUCCACAACAUAGAAGCUCCGUUUAGGUGAAUCGGUGGUUCUCUAUCGACACUGUCCCAGUAUCCAGCAAAAUUAGCAGAACCCCAAGUCCCUUAUUCCUAGCAUCCAUUCAGCAACCGAGUAUUAAAAGGUGCAUUGCUAGGCACUCCAUUCAUGAAAUGAUAAAACCUAAAAGUUGCCCCUGGAAUAUCCAUAAAAAACGAUUAAUCUCUCUGUAAUGAGCUUCAAGUUGGGGGUACAUUUGGCCAUAGAAGAAGCCAUGACAAUGCCGUGCAAACGCUGGCAAUUCUUCUACGGGUAUCUUGAGUUGCAUUGUUGUACAUUUACUCCAAUGUCAACACUCAAGUUCUUAUCAAUCUCCAUAGGAACAACAUCACCAUUAUUAAGAUUAAGGCUUCUUAGGCCAUGCAUGACCUUUUUAACAUCAAGAUUGUCAUUGAGUUUAGGGACAGGGGCUGGCAACUGAGAUUGUGGUUUGAAAGGGGACAUUUCUUGCUGACAUGUAAGGUCCCAUGGAAAAAAAAAACAUGGAAUACCUUACAAGGAGUUGAUUUGCUGUGACCAAAACUUUGAGGGUUCAGCCAGGUCCAAGCAGGACGACAUAUGUUUGGUGUACUCAGCAUCAGGGUCAACUUGGGUCAUCUUGUGAUUUGCAAUGGCAAAGAAAUGUUCCUUGUCUAAUGCUGCAUUGAUUAGCGCCUGUAGGCAUGUUUGCCUUCAAGGUGUUAACGCAUCUGCUGAACUUUGUACAAAAAAUGAAAUCGCCAAUUUGACAAAAACCUAGGAAAAUUGCAAAUGUAAUUAACCGUAAAAUGCACGGACCAAUGUUGGAACAGUUGUAGUUAGGACCAGGAUAGCCAUGGAAGGUAGAAGCAUCAGCAACUGGAAGGGCGGAGGAUGCGCUCUGCAAUCUGCAUGAUAAGGGGUGGAUAAAAAGGGUAGAGCAUCGGAGAAGAUUUUAUGUUGUUCUCUAUUGUCUUUCUCGUAUAACAUUCAUCAUAUCUUAAGAUCUUAGUUUGGUGUUUAGAACACAAGUAAAAAUGUAUUCCACUUAUAAAGUGAGAAGUAGCUAGAUAAACCCAACUCAAGUAAGAAACUUGAUUAUACAUACAUAAUAAUGUUGGCCACACCUAUUAUACCUAAUAAAUACUACUGUAGUUAUUAUCAUUAACAAUUCUUACUUCUAAGUAAGAAUUUGGUUUGUUAGUUUCAUCCUUUUUUGUUUUUUCUUGUUGACUGUUGUUAUUCCACUAAAGUGCAAAGAUUCUUAUUUGGGAUGAAAGAAAAUAAAUAUCUACAAUAUAUAAAAGGGGAGUUUCACCCGACGAUGGAGCUGUUUAGAUACGGUGAACGGUCACUCUUCCCAGAUGUGUCGGCUCUCGAUUGGAGACUUCGGUUAUAGAUUGCAGCUUCCACUGCCUCUGCAAUGGCUGAACUCAAACCCAAUUCAGGUUUUGCCUUUUUAUACUCCCCCAGUUCCAAUCGCACUGAAAAUAUGUUUCCGAUCUUCUUUCCAUCUCUCUUCUUCUCUUUUAUUGCGAAAUAGGCUUCAUCAGUGAAAAGUAGGCCGCCCGAAGGUGAAACUCUAGUUAGUAUCGAUUUGUCAUAUUUUAAGCUGAUAAUUAAGCUUUUUCUGGGGCCGAUUUGAUGCGAUUGAAGGGCAUCGGUUGUUACGAGAUGUUCUGCUCUUUAGCUAAAAUGAUUAGAUGAUCGAUCUGUGGAAUUCCAUUCUUUUGUUCCACAUUUUUGGUGUGCUAGCAGCCCGUAAGAUUGACUCUCGGGGAAAUGUAACCUCAUUAUGGCUACUAAAAACACACAUAUGCCCCAAAUCAUAUUGUUGGGUUUGCCUAUAAAAUGUUUGAUUAUUUUACUCAAAGAGUGCAAUUAGGACCUUCGGAUUGGUUUUCUCUAUCGAAUUAUAAUUUAACUCCUCAUAUGUUGCCGCUCAAUUAAUCUAUCGGAAAGAAACCGAUGGUCAGAGGAUGCUGUUGUUGGCUGCUCAUUUGUUUAUUGCCAAACACCUUUUCUCUCAAUUUAACUUCCUCGAUUAAUGGUUUUAAUCUAGACUUAAUUUCAGUAGAUGAUCAUGUCACAGCAGAGAUGUUCAUGGGUAUAGUUGGGGCAUGGCGAUUCUUGGUUGUUCUGCUGGCGGCAACGGCUUGGAACCAUGAACCAUCACAUGAAUGGGAGAAGAAAGUCUUAGAUACUUUUUGUAUUGAAAAAGAUGUGGAAGGAUGUCAUCCACUUGAUAUUGUUUGUCUUGCUAUGAGGAACAGAGAAUGUUGUUAUGUUUAACUUCUGAUUACUUAGUUAAUUAGGUGCUUGAGGACGAUGCUUCUUCUGGAUGUGUCUGUCAACAGGAUUCCAUAAGCUCAGGUUGUCGCCUGUUCGCAUGUUGGCGAUGUUUGCUUUGAGGAAGUCAGCAAAACACCAUUCCUCUCCUCAAGGGAUUAUCAAAUGCUCUCAUCUCUGCAAAGAGUAUGCACAAUUUCAAGUGAACAUUUUCCUCUCAUCAUGUAUUUUGGAACUACGCAAAAUACUAAAGACAAUUCCAAUUCCAAUUCCGUAACGAAAUUCUCGAACAAGUGCUGAAGGACUUAACUUUGAGAAAGCUACCAUCGUAUGUUUCUUAGCUCAUGCAUUUUUUUUUUCUUUGAUCAAAUACACGAAGUGUAUUCGAGCUGCAUUAUAGCAUUGAGGUUUGGAGCUUAGGAAAUACCGAGAACCUUGAAACCUAAGUUCCUCACCUUGUCCUCUUUUGAGAAGGAAAAGAAUUUAUGUUUUGUAUUUACUUACUAGGCUUCGUGGAUACAUAUUUGUAGAAGUUAUGAAUGUGGCGGGAAUUGAAAGUUUGAACUCAGAAGGAAUCAAUUGUAAUAAAGCUGAUAGUUGACUGGUACAUUAGUUAGUUGACUAUAGAUAGGAGGGUUUAAUUGUAAAUAUUAAACAUAUAAGGCGGUUGGACAGAUUAAGUCGGUUUUUGCACUAUAAAUGCAACCUAAUCUUGGUCUGGAUGAUUUUGAGAAAUUAAUACAGUUUCUUUAAUACACUAAAUUUGUUCUGGA